AUGGCUAUGAUUAAUGAGACACAAACAAUUCAGUUCAUCCUCCAGGGAUUCUCUGAACACCCUGAACUCCGGAUCCCCUUAUUCAUUUGUUUCCUCACCUUAUAUAUGGUGGCCCUCACUGGCAAUGUCCUGAUCAUCACAGCCAUUAUAUUCAACUCACACCUCCAUAACCCCAUGUACUUUUUCCUAUUUAACUUGGCUACAAUGGAUGUCAUCUGCACCUCCUCUAUUCUGCCCAAAGUGCUUCAAGGGUUGCUCUUAAAGGAAAACACCAUCUCCUUUGGGGGCUGCAUGGCCCAGCUCUACUUUCUCACUUGGUCUGCAUCAUCUGAGUUACUUCUACUCACUGUCAUGGCUUAUGACCGCUAUGUGGCCAUCUGUCAUCCCCUACAUUAUGGCACCAUGAUGAGCAAGACACUUUGUAGUAUGUUGGCAUCUGGAGUAUGGGGCCUCUGUGCCUUCAAUACUGCCAUCCACACAGGUCUGAUGAUUCGGUUGUCUUUCUGUGGACCUAAUAUUGUUACUCAUUUCUUUUGUGAAGUUCCCCCUCUCUUGUUGCUCUCUUGUAGUCCUACAUAUGUGAACAGGAUCAUGAUAGUGCUGGCAGAUGCCUUCUAUGGAAUACUGAACUUUGUGCUAACAUUGAUUUCCUACAGUUUGAUCAUCUCUAGCAUUCUGAAAAUAAGGACAACAGAAGGAAAGAAGAAAGCAUUUUCCACUUGUUCUUCCCAUCUUAUAGUGGUAUCCAUGUAUUAUACUGCUGUGUUCUAUGCCUACAUAAGCCCAGUCUCAAGCUACAACCCAGAAAAGAGUAAACUGGCUGGUGUGCUAUAUACCAUGUUGAGCCCCACCUUGAAUCCUCUGAUUUACACUCUGAGAAACAAGGAGGUCAAACAAGCCCUCAGAAAAAUACUCCCUUUCUCCAAAAAUUAA